AUGUCGCUGCCCCUCCGGCUUCCCAACAGCUCUCCCGCGCCGCGGGUGCGCGAGGUCCUCCGUGCCCCGGUCACGCCUCCACCAUCCCCAGUUGCAACCUCAGACGAGGAGGUGGGGGAAGAGACUUGGGUCGGUGCCCCGAGGCGCGACCUGAGCUGCAGCGCCCGCACCACUGUCCAAGGCUGGGCGCCCGCGAGGCCUUCGGGAACCUGCUACGUCCCCAGCUCCUGGCCCCGGGCCGGGCCUCCGGGAUGCCCGCCCGCCAUCGCGGGCUCGGCCCCGCGCGCAGUGUCCCAGUGCACCGCCCGCAUCCCGCAGCCCACUGGUCCUGCGCUGCUCAGCCGGCGCCCCUCCGUCCCGCAGGGCCACAGGCAAGUCGAGGAACGCCAGCCAGUCCUUUCUGAAACAGCCUCCUCGGGCGGAAGAGAGCCACAGCCCAGGCAAAAUAGCCGGAUUGAAUGGACCUGUAGGAGCACCGGGCGCAGGGCGACCCCUACUCCAGUCCCUCUGCAUCUGGCCAGUAGAGGGUUCUCUGGCCACUGCACAAGUCCUAGGAAGAAGUGCAGGAAGUUGGUCAAGCUGCCCAGUGGCUCAAAAGACAAAUAUAAAGAAAAUUACAAAAAAAUUAGAAUACACAAAGGAGUGGAAAGCCCCAGAAGAACGGUGGAGAGUCAACAUGAGAGAAUUCCAACAUAAUAACAAUAAAAUAA